UCGACAUCUGGGGAUAAUAAGGUAAUGACUGCGGAAUUGUAUAUGAAGUGCGUUGGCGGGAGUUGGGUGACUGUUGUGUCAUACUGGUACGUCAGUUGAAGGGGUUCACAUUGUAUGGUACUGGCUGGUGCAUCUAGGAAAGGGAGCUUCAACGCUGCUGACAGCUGAAGGAAUUCCCCAUUGGAUAUCGAACCUCCUGGUACAGUAGGUCAAAUUAAUUCGUUAGAAUAAUCAAUAUUGCCAGGAUCGGUGGUGCACAUCAUGGUGUUACUCCGAGAGAAUUUCAUUCAACUACAGAUCAUCGGACUUUGGUCGCCAGUUGUCUGGCCCACUGACAGUUUCAAGUCAAGGGCCUACUGGUUUUACACCGCUUUUCUAAUAACCGCGACUUACUGGUUCGGUAUAACCGAAUUCGUCAAUUUGUUCGUUGUUGUUGAUAGCAUUGACGAUUUCUCUGAUAAUUCUUUCAUGCUGCUAACAACGAUAGUCGUUUGCUUCAAGAUAGACAUGAUUUUGUCAAAAAAAUCUGAAGUUGUGGCACUGGUCAGGACAUUCGAGACUUACCCCCACGAGCCAAUCAACACCGAUGAAGAGAGUAUCUGUGAGAAAUUUAAUGCUCGCAUCAGAUUAAUUUCCUCGGUUUACGGAGGACUUGGAGAAGUUUCUGUGUUCACCAUGACAAUCUCCGUAUUCUUUCAAGGAAUCCCCUAUGGAGAUUUGCCAUAUAAAGCAUGGAUACCCUAUGACUAUUCGACACCUAUCCUCUACUGGUUUACAUUUUCUUUACAAUUACUUGUCGUUAUUUUCCUGGCUAGCGUAGCCUUUGGUUUCGAUACGGUGCUGAUCGGACUCUUCACGCUUAUAUGUGCUCAGUUUAACAUGUUGAAGAAUCGAUUAGAAAAAGCAAUUGAUGAAUUUAAAGCAACAGAAAUAUUGAAAUCUCAAAAAGAGACAUCGGAUGCAGCAAAAAUUUGUGAAAAUCGAAUUAAACAUUGCAUCAAAUAUCAUCGAGCGAUUUUCGAGUAUGUUGGAUGA